AUGUCCACCCCCAGUGAUAUUCAAGCUCUCCUGGCGAGCAUAAAGUCUCGACCUUCUCCUUCGAACACCCCUGCUCAGGAUCCUGGCAUGGCCCAGUAUCCUCAGCAUUACCCGCAGCAUGGAUACAGGCCGCAGGCGCCGCCCUAUGACGGCCAGGGCUACGCGCAUUCCCAUCUGCAUCAGCAGGCCUACCAUCACCCCUCGGUCUCGUCGGCCCUGCAAAGCCCUUCUCCAGUCAACAAUCCUCCUCGUCACCCAUCGGACAUCCUGAGCCCCAACGUCGCCACCCCCGGCGAAUCGUUUCCCCAGCAUCAACCCCAGCCUCAGAACCCUGACCGCUCCGUCAACUUGUUGAAUCUACUGAAGUUCAACCAACAUGGUGCUGGCUCUCCUCAGCAGCAGGCCCCUACAGCUGCAGAACAACCUGUUCAUACACACCCAUCGGCCCCCGUCCCAGAGGAUGCUUCGAGGUCUCACGCGAGGGACAUCUCUGCGUCUGACCUGGUAACCACUCUUUUUGGUAGACAGGGACAAGCUGCUACUGCUAACCCGGGCCAGCAAGCGGACCAACCCGCUGCCGAAAGCCCUUCUGCUACGACGAAUCCCGAAAAGCCGCAAGAUAUGUUACUGCGUCUGCUCAACCUGCCCACGUCAGGUCAGAAAUUGUCCGAUGCUGCUGUCCAGUCUCCUGGUUCUAUUGCAUCUCAGAAGAAUACGUUUUCGGAGUCUGGAUUAGGACGUUCGACACCGCCAACGCAAGGUGCCGUGGAGCCGACGAGUUUUGCUCCUGUAAGAUCGGACAACCCAACCCCACCCGGCAAUGAAACCAUUUUCGCGCACGUUAAUCCGUUCGAACAGCUGGCGGCUGUGUCGCGGAACCGAACCCCUCAGCCCAAUCUUCAAGAUGAGAGCCCGGUUGUUGAAUUUACGAAAGACGAGAAAGUGAAUGUGACUACCGAGUUCCAACCUCAACCCGCACCACGAACUGCCGAAAACGCGCGCCCGAACCCUCCUAGUUUGGAUGGACACCAAAAGGAAGCCGUUACAAAUGUGGUUGACAGGCUCGUAGAGCAGAUUACACGGGACGUUGACGAGUCUUACGAAAAGUUGACUCAGGUGAAUGGUUCUCCAGGACCAGCGCUGCAAGAAGAUAGCGUUAAAACUACUGUGAUGACCACUGAGACUACUGUUCAGGAUUCCAAUGGUGAGACGGAAGUCGUGAAAGAAACUACUGAGGAAGUUGCUGCUACCACAGGAGUGAAAGAGAAUUCCAAUGGCAGUGGGGAGGCGUUGGCGGAUAGUUGGGAGAGUGCCGAGGACAGUGCUGAAAAGGAUGAAGAACGUGUCGUUCCCGUACACAACUUUCCCCUGAGGCCAUUCAUAUCCAUUAUUGUCAAGCCGUAUGCUGGAAAGCUCCCGGCUUUGCGCGACGACGGAAUCAUGGAUAUUGCUCGGUUGAAGAAAGACUUCGAUCAGCUCGACCGUUCGUUGACCUCUGCUACUCCCGACUAUAUUGUCUAUGCGCUUGCCAAAAAUGGAGGAAUGAGAAUUAUUCGUCAAGACGAUGGAAGCGACAAGCAGGUGCUACGCUCCACUCGUGACCGUGUGUUUAAUGUUGCGGUAUGCACAUCACAGUCUGCCGGCGGGUCUUCCGAAGACCAAGCCGUUCUAGGAAUUGGUGUCAGUGGCACUGUAUACUGGAUUUUGAUUUCUCGAGGAGAUAAAGAUCUUUUUGAGCAGGAUGCUUUGGAGAGUGAAAGUCUCAUCUUCCCACCGUUCCCGGCUUCUGACGAGAACACCUCCGGCGGCCAGCUGAAAACGCGGGCUAAACGGAGCUCUCAGCACUCUGGGUUCUUUGCGAUUGGGCGGGGCAAGAACAUCUAUGUAAUCUCUCCACAGGCUGCUGCAAACCCUACAUACGGCGUCUCGGGCAACAACCGAACUGUGAAUACUGAAAAAUUCUUCAAGGAGCGCGCUUUGAAGAUCUCAACCGGAAAGGCCGGGAAGGACUUCGUGUUUAGCGCUGACGAUACCGUCAUUGCUUCGCUCGAUAAAACCGGUCGCCUUCGUUUCUGGGAUAUCCGCGAAGUGGUCAACAACCCAGACGCCGGUAUCAAUGCUUCUGAGAUCCGUAUCCCGCUGAACACUUUUGUGACUGGCUCUCCUACCGAGAAGUCGUGGCCAACAUCUGUCCUUUUCAUGGACAAGUUGCGCCCUUAUGUGAAGUCGAUGGCGCUCCGUUACGUUCUUGUUGGAUUGAAGCAGAAUCACACUUUGCAGCUCUGGGAUAUUGGGCUAGGCAAGGCAGUGCAGGAGCUCAAAUUCCCGCACGAGAACGAGUCCGACGCCAUUUGCAGUGUUGCGUAUCACGCACCAUCUGGAAUCCUUGUUGUCGGACACCCGACCCGGAACUCCAUAUACUUUGUUCACUUGUCGGCCCCGAAGUAUAACUUACAGUCGAUGUCACAGGCCUCAUUUAUCAAGCGUGCGGCAGAGAAGGACAACACCCUUCCGAAGCCGGAAUCAACCGCUUGUCUCAGCGGGAUUCGUGAGGUAUCUUUCGCGUCAAAGGGCCAACUUCGCAGUCUGGACCUUCUGCCGAUCACAAAGGCAGCCGGCGAGGAAAGUGGCCUUUUCGAACUUUACGUUAUGCACUCUCGUGGCGUUACAUGCCUUAACAUCAAGAAAGAAGACCUCGGUUGGAGCCAAGACAACAGAAUUGUUCGCCCCGUUAAUGCUCUUAGCGAGGGCCUGAUUGAGAUUUCUGAUCUUCAAUCCUUCCCAACCUACGUUGCAGACGAUUUUUCUGUAAACGGUGAUUCUACUGGCACUCCCACAAAGGUUGUACCAAAGGAAUUUGUGAAGGCUACCCCGGAGCCCAUCGCUGAAGAUAGCGCCAGUGCCGGUGCUGGACCCAGUGCUCAACGCACACAAUCCCCUACAAAGGCCGCGCCCAAGAAAAAGCAGGUUGAUGAGCCUGUAGAAGCGACGUCUGCGGGCCCGUCUGAAAAACCUGAGAAAAAGAAGAAGAAGAAGGGAGCUGCUGCGGCCAGUGAACCUACGAAGAAGGAACCUCUCUCGACACCUGAUCAGUUUAACCGUGAGGCGCCGAAGGUUCUGGCGAGUGCACCCAAGCCCACAGUCGCAGGAAAUGGUGUUGGCGAUUCUCACGAGACCUGGAAUAAACACAUCGAGGCAUUGCAGGAUGGAGUCACUUCUGAAUUCAACAAGAGCCUCGGCCGUGAGCUAGAAGGACUAUACACUCGGUUUGAUGAGGAACGGCGUAGCUGGGACGCUGCGUUUGCUUCCAAGCAAGACCAGGUUUUGCGCAUGGUAUCAAGCACGCUCUCCGAAAACGUGGAGAAGAACCUUGCGCGUAUUGUCACCCAGAGCAUCCAGUCUGACGUGGUCCCCGCGCUUGGAGACCUCACUUCUGCUGCUGUGAGCAAGCAAUUGAAUACUGUUCUGUCUCAGCAAUCUGGUGGUGUCAUUUCCCGUGAACUGCGGCAGUCUCUGCCGGACUCAGUUUCCCGCGCUCUGCAGCAGCCCGACGUAAUGAAAGUUGUGUCAGAUGCUGUGAGCCAGAGGUUGAGUACUCAUGUAGAAAGCCAAAUUUCCAAGACUCUGCAUGAUACCCUUGCGCCCACUCUGAAGAAUGUCGCUCUCCGGGCAGCGGAGAUGGUCGGAAAUGACGUGGAGAAGCGUAUGCAGACUCAGAUAAAGCAACAUGAAGCCCAACGCCAAGCCGAUGCUGCCAAAAUCGACCAACUCACUGCUCUAGUUCGCGGCAUGUCGGAUACUGUUGCGUCCAUGGCCGCUGCGCAGACUGGAUUCCAGCAGGAGGUUUUGCGCCUGAACCAGGUUGUUUCUGCGCAGAAUGAACCCGGAACCCAACAAAUCCCAGUGAAUCAACCAGCAGUCGCGCCAGCUCCGUUCAACGAAGUGCCAAACCCUGAAGAAAGAGAGAUUGCAGAAAUUACACAGUUGAUACGCGAUGGGAGAUACGAAGAAGGCUCAGUUAAGUGGCUUCAAUCUGAGCAACAGGCAGAUCUGUUCGAUCGCCUCUUUGUCCACAUUGACCCGUCCUACUUGAACACACUUUCCCCCAUAGUGGCACUGUCAGUUGGUGUGGCCGUUACAUCCUCCAUGCAGACAAAUGCUAUGGAGCGUCUCACGUGGCUCGAGGUCGUUCUUCAGACAGUUAAUUUAAGGGAUGCCGAUAUUCAAGAGGUCGCACCCAAGAUUAUGGACAUCCUGAUCGCUCGCCUGAAUGGCCUCUACAUGUCUGUUGCCAAAGAGGCACCUCACAGCGCCAUCCUGCGCAGGAUCCCCCCGCUCGCUCGCCGGGCUACCGAUCUCCGUAAUCUCCGUGGUUAA